AUUUAUUUAAAUCGAGUUUGCAAAGUGAAAACACUUCCUGAAAAUAAAAUAAUCUUUAAAUCAGCAUUUUUUCAAAGGGAGUUUGGCACCCAACCAGGGGAUCUGGCAUAGAGUAAACACACUUGAUCAUUGACUGUUUGUUUUUUUUACUUUAAACUCUGGAUUUUGGAUGCAACUUAUGCCGAAUUAAAGAGGACAAUCUUAAACAUUCAGUGACUUAAUUAAAUCAAGUUUGCAAAGUGAAAAAGCUUCCUGACAAUAAAAUAAUCUUUAAAUCAGCAUUUUUUUAAAGGCAGUCUGGCGUGUCCUUGUUUCUAGAACGCGCCUCCUCUGCUGCUGUGAAAUGAGAUCCAACCUGUUCUCCUGCACACUUCAGACUGCCUCAACCUGCUCACCGACAACAAACACUGACUCCUCAGUCGGUGUCAUCAGUGACGCUGCACCUGUCGGUCACUGUUUAACUCACCUGUACAGACUCAGUGGAGCAUGAGAAGCGUGCGUAAUGUUUAACGUCGUUCACCAGGGUCGCAAAUACGUCCCGACGCGCUCCCCGGUCACCAAUGACCCUCCGACUACCGUCAACACAUCUCCAGGUGCUAAGAUGCGGAUCUCCAAAGCCAACAAGGGCGGUGUGGUGGUGCGAGCUGUGCGGCGACACUUGUCUCCUCAGCCGGCCAGCCUGGAGAGCCUGGAGGCGGCGUGGAGCGAGAUGAAGUCACCGGAGGGUUCACCGACACAUGUGAGGAGAAACGGAGAGCCUGGAGGAGCAGGAGGAGGUGCAGGUGGAGGUGGACCACAGAGGAGCAGGAAGAGAGGCUUCAGACCUCCAGAUGUGAGGACCAUCUUCACACCUGGAGAGAGGGACCCCAGGGUGAAAGAGGAGUCCGGAGAGGGACACACCUUCGAGGCUGGAGGAGAGGACACCUGGUGCGAUGUGUGCUGCAACUACAUCUUCCAGCAGGGGCUCACCUGUGCAGGUUGUAAGUACGCGUGUCACACGGCGUGUCGGGACAGAGUGUCUCUGGACUGUCAUCCUGCAGCUUCACCCGUCAGUCAAGACCUGCUCAACAACAACAACACACCGCCACAUGAUGUGGAGAAGGAGAGAGAGUUGCGGACGGAGUUCAGCAGGGAGGAAAUCCGGCAGAAGAUCGAGCAGUACAACACGCUGACCAAAGACCACCUUAAAAUGACACUCAAUCCUAGUGGUGUGUAUACCGGUUUCAUCAAGGUCCAGAUGGAUCUGAGGCGGCCGGUGACGGUGCGGGGGGCUCAGAGAGGAGCAGGAGGAGCGCUGUCGGAGGAGGCCUUCUAUCUGCCCAGAGGAGUCUCCAACACUCUCCACAUCAGCUCCAAUAACACCGUCAGACAGGUGAUUGUCGCCCUGCUGGGCAAGUUCACGGUCGCAGACAACCCGGCCAAAUACGCCUUGUACAAACGCUAUCGCAGGGAGGAGCAGGUGUAUGUGUGUAAGCUGGCGGAUGGCGAGCAGCCGUUGUUCCUUCGUCUGGUGGCGGGACCUGACGGCGACACGCUCGGCUUCGUACUGAGAGAACAGCAGACUGGAGAAGUCAUGUGGGAUGCGUUCUCCAUCCCGGAGCUGCGUAACUUCCUGCGGAUCCUCGACAAAGAGGAGGACGAGCAGAAGGUGGCGCUGAAUCGCCGCUACGAGGCUUACCGGCGGAGACUGGAGGAGGCGCUGAGGGAGGUCAGAGCGCCCUCUUAGAGGAUUAACCUCCAUAAAACAGGACCGCUGCGCCCUAAAGGGACGGAGGAGGAGGUGAUUUUUACCUCCUCGGUGGAGCAAAAUAGUGUAUAUUUUGACGAAGAGAGGGAUGUGAACGCAGAGUGAGAGGAGAGGAUCCAUCGCCUGGAAGAAGGGAUGAUACAGACAAAAAGAGGGAUGAUAUAAAGAAGAAAAUAAACUGACAGACGGCGGAUAAAGAGAUGAACGGACAAAAUCUGGAUGCUGGAGUUUGAUUCAGCCUGGAUUAAAGACUUCAAACUGCUGCCUGCAAACACCAAAGAUUCACUUAAUUGUGCCAUAUUUAUCCAUUCAUCCUCUCUCCCUCCAUCCCUCUCUUCUUCUUCUUCUUCUUUUUCUCCUCUCACUCUGUCCCGCUGUCACAUAAUUUAUCCGAUUCCUCUUUUUGUUUCCCCUUUUAAACUUGUGAAAGACUCGAGGCCAUACGUUGAGUUAGAGUUUUAUUUAAUUUUUUUGUUUUAAAGGUCUGUACAUAUUUUUUUUUCUUAAUUUAUAUGGGUGAAGCGUUUUAUUGUUUUAUUUUGUUUUCUUGAAACAAAAAAAAAGUCUUAUUUUAGUUUUUUUUGUACAGAGGCGGAGCACCAAUCUGGUUGUUGACACAGACACGGAGAAUAGUUUACUAAUAGUUUUAAUAGUUUUGCUACUAGAGGUAAAUACACAACAUGAGCAUCAGCUGUAGCUACGUAUACACGAGAGGAAUACUAGAUCAUUUAGAGAAUACUCUGGAAGAAAAGAGGUCUCGAUCUUUGUUGCUUUUUGCUUGAAUUACCCUGAAAGUUGAGAAAUAUUUCUGUAGUGAGAAAGGAACAAGCAGCCUGCAUAUAUGUAUGGAGUCUCGAGUGUGCCAAAAUGUAAGACUUUUUUUUGUUUAGAUAUAUAUAUAUUUUUUAAUGGUUUUUAAUAGAACAUAAAUAUGGUAAAAUAAAUAGUGAAAUAACAGAAUAGACGAGGUUACAUGGGACAACGCGUAAACACUAUUAUAAAUUGAUUAAUUAAGUAAAAAAAAAACAUCUUUACAUUUAUCAAUUAAUAAUGUUUCCUUUUUUCUUUUUUAAAGGGUUAAUAAUUAAAUGUUUAAAAUGACAUUCUUUUUUAAAGCCCCUUAAAAACUUUUUUUGUAUGCCAUUCAUUUACUAAUGCGCCUGCUCUUUUCUCAUAAAUCAAAUUUUGUCUCCUGCUGUAGCAUUUACAAUUUUAAUUUAAUGGGCAUUAAAAAUGGAAAAACAAAAAUUACAAUUCAAAUGACAGUUUUAAAAUUAAUUUAGCAAGUCAAUUACAAAUUUAAAAAAAAUUUAUUAAUUGGCAAAUGCAAUUCUUUUAGCAUAUAUUCAUAAUAAUUUUUUGCAGGAUACAUAUUUAUGUACCAUCCUCCAUUACAUAUCUUCAAAGCAAAUAAGCAUCUGUCAUUUUCCUGCUUUUAUCUCCUUUUAUGUAUACAAUAUAGAAAUAAAAUUUAAAAAUAGGUUUAAAAAAUGUGUUAUAUUUACUUACAUUUUAUUUUUAAUACAUAAUUAUAUUGCAUAUUUUAUUAUUAUUAUUGGCACACUUCAGACUCCAUAAUAAGUUGGCCUGAAACUGAAUGUUUUAGUAGAACGUACUGAGAAAUAAAAAGAGGUGAAUUUCAGGUUAAAUGUGACUGAAAACAGACAGAAAUCAGAGGAAAGGUUUCCACUGAAAGACAGAAGCGUGUGAGCACAGGAAGAAAUGUAGUUUUGGUUGUAAAGAUUGUUUGUUUUGGCGAGUGGGCAUGAGAUGGUAGGAUUGAAAGCCUGACCUGAUCUAGUUUGGAUAGACAUGACCCCUGACCUUUGACCCUGAAUGGUCAGAGGAGGAAGGAGGAGUGAGAUUCGACAGGUUUCCGGAAGUUGACUGAGCCGUUUAGAGGAAGUAGAAGAGAAACAUUAGAAGGAGGAAGGAAGGAUAAAAUACAGAAGACAUGACUGUCAUAAAAGGAGUGUGACCUUGAGAACAAUAACGGGAUUUUCCUCAAACCACAAGUCACCGUGAUUAAAGAACGCUCCUGUAAUCCACAGCUGAGAGAAAAGGAGGUCUGGAAGUGCUGAUAGCUGCAGAGAACAAGGGAGAGAAAAAUGGCUUCAUUGUGCCGUCUGUCAGUCUGCAGGCAUUCAUUUAAAAACGCUUGUUUUUGUGCUUUUAUCUCAAGUUGAAACAUGCAGCCUUGACCGCCUUGUCAGCCCAGGUUUCAGCUCUUUUUCUGGUGGAUAAAUGAGGAAAUUCAUAAAGACGGAAACAAGGAAAGAAAGUAUAAAGUAAAGAAUGGAAAGAUGUAAAAUUAACGAAAGAUAUGCAUCAGAAAGUGUAAAAGAAGGUACAAAAGUUGAGUUGUUUUGUGGGUUCAAGAACGAUUUUGCAAGUAAAUAGCUGCCUUAAAUAUAUGUAUAUGCAAUGUUUAGUAUAUGCAAUUUAUCAUUUAUGGCUUAGAGACCAAAGAGACUUUUUUUCAAUGUAGUUUUGUAGACAAAUCAGCUUUUUGAAUCAGCAAUUAUUCAGAUAUUUGAGGAAACAAAGACAAUCAUUUAGACAAACUACAAAUCAGAUUAUUAUAAUUUAUCACAAGUCAUUAAAAAAAAGCUUCAUUGA